CCCACAUAACAAAAGACACUUUUUUUGUUCUCUUCUCUUUUUCUUCAACUUGGGAACCAAGUCUUGGGUUUGUUUCGUUAAUCAUGGAUCAUUGUUCAAGAGGUGGGGUUCAUGAAUUCAACUUGGCUUCGAGAAAAGCAGAAGAAGCGGCUUGGAGACGCUAUGAGGCAACUCAGUGGCUGGAAAGCCAAGUGGGUCCUCUUGGUAUAUCUAAUCACCCUUCAGAGAGAGAACUUAUUUCUUGCUUGAGAAAUGGUCUCAUUCUUUGCAAUGCCAUUAACAAGAUUCAUCCAGGAGCAGUGCCUAAGGUUGUGGAUAGUCAAAUAGCUUCACAGUCACUUACUUGGGAUUCCCAGCCUUUGCCUGCCUAUCAGUAUUUUGAAAAUGUCCGCAACUUUCUUGUUGCAGUGGAAGAAUUAAAGCUUCCAGCUUUCGAAGCCUCUGAUCUUGAAAGGGAUACACUAGAGAUUGGAUCAGCAGCAAAAGUGGUUGACUGCAUUCUAGCGCUCAAGUCAUUUCAAGAGUUGAAGCAGAUGAACAAUCAGAAUGGAUCCAAUUACAAACACAUAAAAUCUCCUUUACUUAUGCUGUCGGCCAGUAGAAUGCAUUCAAGAGCUGCAGCUGCAUUACCCUCUGAUGCCUGUAGGCGCUUGGAUUUGUCUGCCACACUGGAAAAAAUGCCUCCCGUAGAGAGUGAUUUUCCGAAACGAGAAGCAGAAAUUGUGGAAUCACUUGUCAAGCUACUGGUUGACCGUAUGUUUGAUGCCAAAGAAAAUAUUGAUGGAAACAUUAUUGCUUCUCUUCGAAAUGAACACCUGGUAGCGCAGGAUCCAAUAAAGGUAUUUAAUCAGAUAAUGGCAUGUUGUAAUGCGGAGCAGACUCCUACAAGGUUCCACGAGUUGCUGUUGAUGCCAAAGGAUUUUGUGAAAGAAAAGAGUAGCUUACCACCUCAUGCACCUGAAAGUUCCAAGUGUUUGCGAGCUUGUCCUGCAAAAUGCAAGUGCAAUCAAGAGCAUCUUUUAGACAUGCAGGAAAAAGAGCUUAUGGAUCUCAAGGCUUUGAAGUUGAAAGUUAAGAAAGAGUUUGAAGAGAUGCAGUCAGAGUUUCAGAGGUUUUUUAAUGAUAUUGGAAGUCAAAUACAGGAGAUGUCAACUAAAUCUCUCGGAUAUCACAGAGUGGUAGAAGAGAAUAGGAAACUGUACAACAUGGUCCAAGAUUUGAAAGGUAAUAUUCGAGUUUACUGCAGAAUCAGGCCCUCAUUCAAGGCUGAAUCCAAGAAUGUUGUUGAUUUCAUUGGGGAAGAUGGUUCUCUAUUCAUUUUAGAUCCAACGAAAACACUAAAAGAUGGAAGGAAACUUUUCCAGUUUAAUCGGGUUUUUGGUCUAACAGCUGGUCAAGAUGAGGUUUAUAGGGAUACUCAACCAUUAAUUAGAUCUGUGAUGGAUGGGUACAAUGUUUGUAUUUUCGCUUACGGUCAAACUGGAUCAGGGAAGACUCACACUAUGAGUGGUCCUUCAGGUGGUAGUGGAACAUCUAAGGAUAUGGGAAUCAAUUAUCUGGCUCUUAAUGAUCUGUUUCAAAUGUCUAAUGAAAGGAGGGACAUCAUAAACUAUGAGAUUUAUGUUCAAAUGGUUGAGAUUUACAAUGAACAAGUUAGAGACCUACUUGCAGAGGACAAAACAGACAACAAAUUAGAAAUCCGGAGCUGCAAUGAUGAUGGGUUGAGCCUUCCUGAUGCUAGAUUGCGUUCAGUGAAUUCCACAAUUGACGUCAUCACCCUCAUGAAACUUGGUGAGGUUAAUCGUGCUGUCAGUUCAACUGCAAUCAACAAUAGGAGUAGUCGCUCCCACAGUGUACUUACUGUACAUGUUCAUGGCAAAGAUACAUCUGGGAGCUCCAUUCGGAGUUGCCUGCACUUAGUUGACCUUGCUGGAAGUGAACGAGUAGACAAGUCUGAAGUUACAGGGGAAAGACUAAAGGAAGCACAAUUUAUUAACAAAUCUCUUUCCUGUUUAGGAGAUGUGAUCACAGCCUUGGCUCAAAAGAAUUCUCACAUCCCUUACAGGAACAGCAAGCUCACACUUCUUUUGCAGGACUCGUUAGGUGGACAUGCUAAAACGUUGAUGUUUGCUCAUGUAAGUCCAGAAGCAGAUUCAUUUGGUGAAACAGUGAGUACUUUGAAGUUUGCUCAGCGGGUUUCCACUGUUGAACUGGGGGCAGCCCGUUUGAACAAAGAAGGCAGUGAGGUUAUGCAGCUUAAAGAACAGGUUGAGAACCUUAAGCUUGCAUUGGCAAACAAGGAAGCUCAGAGAGCAAUGUUCAAUAGAAUCAAGGAACCACACACUCCAUUAGAGAAACCAACACUGGUGUCUGAGAAAACUCCAUUGCCCCCUCGAAGACUUAGCAUUGAGAAUUGCAGCGCUGUAAAGACUGACAAAUCUGUGAAUCCUGAGGAUAAAAGUGGAGUCAAAUCACCUUUGUUACCUCGUUCAAGAAGAUUAAGCUUGGAAGGUUCAAAAAAUAUCAAGAAAGACAGUCUACAAACAAAAGCAUCAGCUGAUAUAAACAAAGCUUUACAGUAUGAGUCAGCAUAUCUGCAGAAACAUCGUUCACUGCAAGAUCCAGAAGCCGUGUCAAAGCUAAAUAGCCAUUUCAGCAAUGGCAACUCCAGGUCAGAGUUGCAUGCCAAAACUCCUCGAAGUCCUAUAAGCAUUUCCAAUCAGAAGAGAUUGAUAAAAGAUGGUGGAAUGCAAAUUCACCCUCUUAAACUACCUCAGACACCUGAACCACCAAUGCUGGAUAGAAAUGAUGCACAUUUUGCUGAUUCCCAGACAACUAAGGCAAUCAGUGGAACAAAUGGAAAGGGAUCUCAGAUAAGAAGAUCAUUGAGAACAAUUAGCAAACUUAUCAAUGGUCCUGAUAAGAGGAGCCAACCAAUUUUGGUUGAAGUGAAGUCACCCAUCAAGGGAUCUGGCCAUAAAAAUCAUGUAAAAUCCCCACUAACAGCUGUUGAGAAGACUAAAAGAAGGCAAUCUCUAACGGGAAUUCAAGCACCAGGGCCAAACAACUCUCGUAGAUCUUCUCUUGGAGGGAAGCCAAUAGUAUCAUAUGACAAGGACAAAAAUGCUAGAACUCCUCCAAUUCAUUCAGAGACUGCAAAAAGGUGGCUAUAGAUCAGUGCCAGUGGUGCUUUGACUCGAAGCACGCCCAUGACUUGACUUCAGUUUAGUACAAAGCUCCAUUUUAGUGGGAGUUUUUUGUUUUAUCAAGGAA